AUGGUAACAACACGUUUAAAAAUAAUUAUUCUUUUAAUAUUAAGUCUACUUAGUAAUAUUAUACUCGAAUUAAUAUUCAAUUCUAUUUUGAAUUUCUAUCCAAAAAUAACAUUAUUAGAACAUAUUCAAUCAUCAUUAACAUUAAUAAGAUUGAUUGGUAUUAUUUGUAUAGGAUUAAUAUGUUUUAUUUUAUUAUUUGGAACAUUGAUAAUGAUAUCUGAUGAUGGAAUAUUUUAUAUUUACAUAACAUUUUUAAAAUUCUUUGAAUUUAUUCUACCUUUAAUUGAUAUAAUCAAUUUAUUUUUAAUUUAUCAAUAUAAAAUAGAAUGUUUUAAUAAAGAAAAUUCAUGUAAGAUUGGCAUAGAAAUAAAAAAGACAAUGCAUUAUCCAUCAAUUCGUUUUGUUCUUUCUUUAAUUUUUGCUUUAAUUCGUUUAAUAAUUAAUAUUGAUAUUGUACGUCGAAAAUGUGAUUAUAAAUGGAAAAGAAAAAUUAUUAUUCUAUUUGAUUUAUUACUUUUUAUUUUGGUUAAUAUCAGUCUUAUUCGAUAUUUAACUAAAAAUCUAUUUCGUAUUGGACGAAAAAUAAUUUUACCUAUAUUAAUUUAUCAAUUAAAUAAUCUCUUUUUAAAUGAAACCUUUUGGAUCGAUUCAUUUAAAUUGAAUGAACUUAUUAAACGGAAAUUUAAUUCAAUGUUUUUCAUGAAAUCAAUUUUGUCAACUUUUUAUUCAUUUACAGAUAAAGAAGAGUAUAUUUUAUUAAAAAUAAAUCAUUUAAUACUUUCUAUACGAUGGAUUAUAUCAUCAUGUAUUCUUUAUUUAUUCAUUGGUUAUAUAUUCAAUUGGGAUACAUUACAAAAUAAAACUGCACUUGAUCAAUAUGGAAUUUUUUAUAUGUGCAUUGGAUUUGAUCUUUUACCAGGAAUAAAAACGACGGACAUAUUCUCUCAUUCACAAAUAAAAACAAAAAAUGUAGUUGCAGAAAAUACUCGAUCGCCAUCAAUACUCAUAAAGAAGGAACAACAAACAUGUGCAGUAUGUUAUGAAGAUAAAGAUUCAAAUGAAUUUGAUGGUCUACUGACUACAAAUUGUCAACAUUUAAAUCGAUCAUUAUGCAAUUCUUGUCUUUUUCGUCAUGUUCAACAAGUUUUUCAAAUAACAUUUACUGAUGAUAUCUAUUGUCCUGAAUAUAAUUGUAAUGUUAAACUUGAUUAUGAUAUAGUAAAAAAUAUUCUAUUAUCAAAUGGUGAUAAUAAACUUGUUGAAAGAUAUGAUCGAUAUAUAUUUCAUCGACAAUUAGAACAAAUGGAUGAAUUUAUUUGGUGUUCGAAUAUUUUAUGUAAUGUUGGACAAUUAAAUGAAGGUGGUGCAUUAAAUAAUAUAGUUACUUGUUUUAAUUGUCAUCAAAAAACAUGUUUUACACACAAAAUAAAAUGGCAUGAAGGAUUAAGUUGUGAAGAAUUUGAUAUGCGUAUGGAUCCAAUUUAUGAAUCUAGUCGAAGAUGGAUUGUUGAAAAUUCUAAAAAAUGUCCAAAUUGUCCAUAUCAAAUAGAAAAAAAUGAUGGAUGUGAUCAUAUGACUUGUAUUAAAUGUCGUCAUGAAUUUUGUUGGUCAUGUUUAGCAGAUUUCCAACCUAUAAGACGCAAUGGAAAUCAUCGGCAUAAUUCUACUUGUAAACACUAUGUUCCGUAUAAUAGACAAUAA